AUGGAAUUAUUGAAGCUUAUUGCUCAGGAGGACACUUUGGAACAACCGGAUCUCCUCUCUGAAGACGUUCGUCGGCAGAUUCAACGACAGAAGUGGGAAUCAGUGGAAGAAGUUAAUGCCCUUAAGAAGAACCUGCAUUAUCAAGAUCUGUUGUUUGAUGAGGCACGAACACACGGCGCCGGCUUCAUGAAAUUCUCCAGUGAUGAGAAAGAGAGACAGGAGCAAAUGGAUUUACUAAAAGAGCUGCGAAGGGAGACACAGCAAAAGGAGGCUGCAAAAGCUGCUGGUGCAGCUAAACAGCAAAAGAUGUUACAGUCGAGGCUUGAAAAAGUUCGCCAGAGGAAGAGACUCAAGAUGGGGUUGCCCAUUAAAGAUGAUACACUGAAGACGCCACCUGUCUCAGAUGACGAAGACAAUAAUUUGAUUGGCCCUCCACCACCACCACCACCACCAUUAGCAAUACCAGAAGAAAAAUCCGAAGACAAGAAACCUGUUAGAGAAUGGGAUGUAGGAAAGGAAGGGGUAUCAACAACUCUGACACAAGAAGAAUGGGUCAAUCGUCAAAGAAAUCAGAGAAUAAUGAAUUUGCUCCACCAAACUAUGAUCAACCACAAGAUUCAAAUCCUGCAAACAACUACCCAAGAUGACAACAAGACAGACUAUCACAGUGAAGAGAGACAGAGUGAAUUUGCACCUCCAUCUACAUAUGAGUACUACGGACCUACAAGUCACAGGGGCAGACAUUAUAAUGCUAAACACUUCUCAGCGUGGAGGAGGCAGUUAGUAAUGGGAAUUGCUUUCUUACGGAAAAUGAGCGAUAAAUAA